AUAUCCCUCUUGCCCAUGUGCGCUCGUUAGUAGGAGGGGUGUCUUGGUGAUGCUGAGUUGUACAGAGACCUGCAGUCGGGGCGCAAGACGAGCCAGGACGCGAUACUCUUUCCAUCUCUUUCACAUCCUUUAACAGAGGAAUUACCGGCGAUUUAAGAGGAACUGAUUGAAUCGGGGCCGAAAAUGAAAGUCGGCUUUGUUCUUCCUCUGGCGUGCGCUUUAGUCCUGAAAAGCUCACUGGACACUGCCGGAAGUCUGAAUGUGGAUGCAUGUAGACUCGGAUUCACCCAGAACUUCUACACUGUGUUUAUCUCACGGGAGCAGCUGCAGGGUCACACCAUUGUCAAACUGAUAUUCGAGGCUUGUCACCUGAAUGAGAGGAUCAGCUUCAAGAGCAGUGACCCCAGAUUCGGCGUCGGACCCGAUGGAUCUCUGUACGCAGAGAAAGACGUGACAGACCUGUCCGAGCCCAUCCAGUUCAUGGUGACGGCUCAGGGGAGCAAAGACUCAGACGUCUGGGAGACGAUCGUUAAACUGGUCUUCACCAGACACCCACAUCCUCCUUUCAUAAACCAGGUCGCUUCCCAUCACAACCGCUACCACCAUCUCAUUCUACAGCAGCCAGGAUUUUCCACCAAUGGGCUACACGGGAAAACACGAGAUUGUGUCAUUUCACCUAUCAGUGCAUCUGCAAACCCCAGGAGAGACUUUCCACUAUUUUUCGCCACAGGGAGAGCUGGAGGUCCGACUGUGGAUCCAUGCAGAGCCGGAUUCUCCCAGAACUUCUACACUGUCUUUAUCCCAAGGGAGCAGUUGCAGGGCCAGAGCAUUGUCAAAGGUACCCUGCUGUCAUCAGCUCAUGUGAAGUUCGAGGCUUGUCAUAUAAAGGAGAGGAUCAUCUUCGAGAGCAGUGACCCCAAAUUCAGCGUUCAUCCGGACGGAUCUCUGUACGCAGAGCAGGAUGUGAUGAACCUGUCCGAACCCAUCCAGUUCAUGGUGACGGCUCAGGGGAGUAAAGACACGCAAAUCUGGGAGACGACCGUGAAACUGGCCAUUGCCGGACACACACUCCCUGUCCUCAUGAACCAGAUUGUUGAUGAAACUGGUUACCACUCAAGAUCCCACCACAGUCACUACUCCAAUCCCAGAGUUAUCAUGUUUCCACGUCGACACCAGCGAAGCUCCUCCACCAAUGGGCUGCGCCGUCAGAAGAGAGACUGGGUCAUUCCUCCCAUCAAUGUGCCUGAGAACUCUAGAGGACCCUUUCCACAAAUGCUCGUCAGGAUCCGCUCGGACCAGGAUAAAGAGAUUGAAAUCCGGUACAGCAUAACGGGAGCUGGAGCUGAUCAGCCGCCAAGUGAUGUCUACAUCAUCGACCCCAUCACCGGGAAAAUGUCCGUCACCAAACCGCUGGACAGAGAAGACCGAGCCUCCUACCAUCUGAGAGCUCAUGCAGUGGAUGUCAACGGAAAUCAGAUGGAACCUCCGAUCGAUCUGUACAUUUACGUCAUCGACAUGAACGACAACAGACCCGAGUUUCAGAACCAGGUCUAUAAUGGAUCCGUUCCUGAGGUCUCCAAACCAGGAACGUCUGUGAUGCGUGUUACGGCGAUCGAUGCCGACGACAGUACGAUGCCCAACGGUCUUGUGCACUACAGGAUCCUGAACCAGAGUCCACACAUCCCCAUUCCCAACAUGUUCACCAUCAACGGAGCUACGGGCGAGAUCAGCACCAUCGCAGCAGGCCUGGACAGAGAGAAAGUGUCUCAGUACACACUGAUCAUUCAGGCCACAGACAUGGAGGGCAGCCUAAACUUUGGCCUCUCCAACACGGCGACUGCUCUCAUCACCGUCACUGACAUCAACGACAACGCGCCUGAGCUCGACGCCAAAACGUUCCUGGGCGAGGUGCCGGAGAACGCGGUGGGUGUUGUCGUGGCCAAUCUGACCGUGCGUGACAGAGACCAGCCUCACACACCCAACUGGAAUGCGGUCUACAGGAUAGUGGGUGGAGACUCCAUGGGCCACUUCACCAUCCACACUGACGAGGUCACCAAUGACGGCAGAGUCACUGUUAUCAAGCCAGUGGACUACGAGAGGAACGGCGCCUUCAUGUUGACCGUGGUGGUAUCUAAUCAGGUGCAUCUGGCCAGUGGCAUCCCUUCAUCUCUCUCGUCCACGGCAGGCGUCACCAUCUCCGUGCUGGAUGUGAACGAGGCUCCCGUCUUCCCCUCCAACCCCAAAAUAAUCCGCUUUGAGGAGGGAGUACCUGCUGAUACCACGCUCACCAUAUUCGCUGCUCAGGAUCCGGACCGCUUUAUUCAGCAGACCGUCAGGUAUUCUAAACUGUCUGAUCCUGGAAACUGGCUCAGAAUCAACAGGACAAAUGGCCAGAUCAUGACGACGGCCAUAUUGGACCGGGAAUCACCUUACGUGAAAAAUAACGUUUAUGAAGCGAGUUUUCUCGCUGUAGAUAAUGGGUCUCCUCCUGCGACAGGAACAGGCACUCUGCAGAUCUAUCUGAUAGAUGUAAAUGAUAAUGUACCAGUGCUGGUGCCCAGAGAGGCCCAGUUGUGUGAGAGGUCACGACCCAGCUCCAGGAUCAACAUCACAGCCUCGGAUGCUGAUUCUGAGCCCAAUGCCGGGCCAUAUGUCUUCGAGCUGCCCUCGUUCCCGCCCUCUGUUCGCCGCAACUGGACCGUCUCACGUCUGAAUGGUGAAUAUGCUCAGCUCAGGCUGAGGAUCCCAUACCUGGAGGCAGGUGUGUAUCGUGUGCCCAUCCUGGUAUCAGACUCAGGCAACCCUCCCCUAACAAACCGCUCCAUCAUCAGGGUGAAGGUGUGUCCCUGUGAUGAGCAUGGAGAUUGUACUUCACUUGGAGCAGUGGCAUCUGCAAGUCUGGGCACGGGCGCCAUCAUCGCCAUCCUUAUCUGUAUCAUAAUCCUGCUCAGCAUGGUGCUGUUUUUUGUGGUGUGGAUGAAGCGGAGAGAAAAGGAGCGACAGACCAAACCGCUUCUUAUUGACCCUGAGGAUGAUGUUAGGGACAACAUUUUGAAAUAUGAUGAGGAGGGAGGUGGAGAGGAGGAUCAGGACUAUGAUCUGAGCCAGCUACAGCAGCCUGAGACUCUUGAGCACAUCAUGAGCAAACCAGGGGGAGUGAGGAGAGUAGAUGAGAGGCCAGUCAUCCCGGAGUCCCAGUAUCCCAUACGCCCCAGCAUACCUCAUCCCGAAGACAUUGGAGAGUUUAUCACUGAUGGGCUGCGAGCAGCGGAUAAUGACCCGACGGCUCCCCCAUACGAUUCUCUGCUCGUGUUUGAUUAUGAGGGAAGCGGCUCGACAGCCGGCUCAGUCAGCUCGCUCGACUCGUCCAGUUCAGAAGAGCAAGACUACGACUACCUCAACGACUGGGGGCCGCGCUUUAAAAAACUGGCCGACCUCUAUGGCGGCGGGGACGACUGAGGGUGGAGCUCCGGGGAUAAGAGAGGGGCCAAGGGGAGGAGCCCGCAGGAGCAAGUCAGCAUCUCGGUUCGUUUCACAGAAGAGCCAUAGGAGCCUGAGCAUUCCUGCACAAGACAGUGUAAAACGGCGGGAGUUUUUUUUUUUUUUAAAGGGACCAUUGCUGCUUUCUGCAAGUGUGUUUCUCUCUGUCGUUUUUUGUUUUUUUUUGUCCUCUGCGCUGGCAAGUUUUUUGUUGUGAAUUUUGCUUUGGCUGUCUGGAGAGUUGCGACAGCCCUGGUACGAGAGACUAUGUACUUCAUGAGCUCUGAUACAGAAAACAAGGUCUGUGCGCUUUUUCCGUCUGUAUCAUUUCAGCUCUUACGAGAGCAGGACGAUUUUAUCCACUCUCUCAACUUGAAUUUUUUUUUUUGAUAAGCACUGUCAUUGCUCAAGUGCCUUUUUGUGGUGUUUUUUGUACCAGAGACUCCUCAGGGUCAGCUGCUGUUUUAAGCCCAUUUUCAUUGCAGCGGUACACUCCCUCGUUCCCUUGGUCCCUCACCUCCAUGUUUACUUGUCCUCUAUCAAUGGUGCAGGAAAAAUAAACUUGACCAUGGAGAUGAAAGACAAUUUCCUCUGUUAGCAAACGUGCUAAAAAAAAAAAAAAAAGAAAGAAAAUACAAAAAGGGGUACAUCUAAUUUUUUGGAAACUGACAUGUAGGACUUGGUGUCCCCAUGUAUGAAGAUGUAUGAAAAUGUGGUUGUAAUUACAAGACCAAACAAUUUAGCGGCUUCGACAGCUAAAGGAGAUGAAAUGUGACCGCUUUUGUGGACGUUUCUUUUACAACGAACCAAAAUCAAAAUCUGAAGAAGAAAAAAAAAAAAGAGACAAAAUAUUAUGUAGAAUGCCUUUAUGCUCAGACACUUGCCUGCCUUGUUUUUGCGCUGCUUUCUAAUUCGUCCCAGUCCGAGCAGGCAAGCAGUCAGACUGAGACUUCCGGUUAAAGUGGCGUCUGUGCUUAAAGGACUGCAUCACGGGAGGAGCAUUUUAUUCAUCUUGAAAUUUCCCCUUGUCAAGGUUUUUCGGUUGCUGGAAUUGUACAUGCAUGAUUUCUCUCAAGAGCGGCAUCUCUAAUCAGCCGCACAUGUUCCUUGUGGUCAGAAUGUGAAAAGUAGUUGGCAAAGAACAUAUGAUAUACAGAACAAGUAUAACCUGUAUAGUUAAAAAAAAUGACUUGAAGAAAUGCUGUAAAUACAUAUUUUUUGGAAUUAUUACCCGAACAUUUGCUGCUCUCGAGGUCCUUGCGGGGCUAAAUGAGAAAUUUUUUUGCCCUUGUGGUUUUAUGUCAUUGUGUGCGUGUGUGUGCGCGGCUUCACGUUUGCGGUUUUGCUCUUCACAGUCUACAUUCUCUUCUGCCGUGUUUUUUAUAAUGUUACUUACUAGUUUCAAUUUUAGUUCUUUUGUUCUUUCUAUAUGAGCAGCAUUUCUAAUCACACCUGCUUCUAAUGUUGUGUGCUUGAGUUACUUGCCCAUCCACCUAAACCAUUACUGGAUUUGUGCUUUAGAAAAUAAAAACGUCUUUUAUUCAAAAAAAAAAAAAAAAAAAUUGUUGCUGCCUAGUGUUGUACUCUACAAAUAAUGUCCUUCUUGUCUUUGCCAUUAUUUAAGUAUGACCUGAAAUGCUAGAGUUUCUAGUUUUGGCCAAUAGAAAUUAAUGGUGAUACGCCAAUAAUUCUUGUCAUCUUCAGACUCAGCCAUUUUCACAGAUGAUUUUCUGAGCAGCAUAAUCAAAAAACUUUAAUUACCAGUGUGUAGUUCACACCUGUGAGUUUGCCAGAUGUUUCAUGUCAUGGGGUCACCAGCAUCCAGACCACUGCCUCUAAACAUGAGCAUUUUCCUUUAAACCUGAAAAAAAAUGGAGACAGGAUAUGUGGACUGAAGAUGAUGAUUGUAUAUUCUUUUAUGGAACAGAAAGCUUAAGCAAGCAAGCACUAAAAACAUCUUAUACGAGUCUCGUACAUUGCUAAUGGUCCGUGGACCUUUAGGUCUUUCAGUUUUCGUUUCAGAAAGAGAUUUUAAAACAUGAACAACAUUUCAUCAUUUCAAAUCAUCUCUUAAUAAUCAAAAACAAACAAUGCAAAAACAUGCCAUUUUCCUGUUUCAUCUUUUCUGCAUUAAAAUAAAGAAAAUUGCAAGAGAACAAAACAGAACAAUUUUUCUACACAUUAUGCUGAUUAUACACACACACACACACACACACACACACACAAAAAAAACAAUACCAGAAAUUGACGCCCACAAACACACAGCCAUUUUACUCAGGCACCACUUAGACACACUAAACCAGCUUAGCCUGAGACCAGUUACGCUAAUGUCAUUUUAAAUAUGGCACAUAAGGUCUGUCAACUUGAUUUAUGUUAGAGUACAUGAGGAAACAUUGGGGUUUUCCUCUAGGAAUGGAAGAUUUUUUUGCAGAGCAAGGCUUGAGGUUAUAUGUUAAAAUUCAACUCUAGUUACCUCACUACUUAUCUAAGCUAUAUACAUUACACAUCAUCUCACUGUUAUACUGUUUCAUAAUUACAGUAAAUCCAACUUGGUGUGAAUGAACCAUCAAAUCCUUUACCAUGACAGCAGAGGCACAUCUGGUGAGUCACCUACAGCCAUACAACUGGUAUAUUGAAGCAGUAUGUAAAAUGUAGAUACAAUAGAUUAAAUACAUAAUCAGAUAAACUAACUAUUGACACUAGAGAGUAAUUCUAACAUCUCAACUCGGAAAGCUUUCCGACCUCAAGGUCCAAAAGUGAGUUGGAGUGAGUGAGGACUCGGGUUUAAUUCAGCGAAAAAAUGUAUUUUUUUCUUGUGGAAAACCUCAUAUGUUUACAUGUUGUAUCAACUUUUUGUAUCAUAUCCAUAACAUUAAAAUUCACAC